CUGAUUAUACUCAAAAAUGCUCUCGUCUUGUGUUUUUGUUUUGUAGAAAAAGGGCAAAGCCAGCUAUUACGUUGCGGCCCACCGCCAGCUUCGGUGCCUAUCACGACUUCAUGCGGAAUUUGGUGACGCAUAUGGGGCCAAGGCAUUUUGCGGCCUACGAAGAUAGUGUAUUCAGACACUACGUCCAAUUUGGCCCACCUGGUGUCGAUCUUCCCACAUUUGAGCACAUUUUGAGUCAGUGGGACAAGAAGAGCAAAAAAUUCGUCUUCACUGAUAGGAAUGAUGGAGAAGAGAUCGCAUGUUCAUUCAACCUUGAGUGGGUAAUGGAGCAUACAUGGUUCUCCAAUGAGGGGCUUCAUGUUGACCACAAUCGGGACAGGAAAAAUAGGAUUUGGUCCAGGUUUUUUGACAAACCCGAGGCGAGGGGUUCCAGCAGUAUAGCUCCCCCCAAAGGAGGCCCCACCAGACGCAAUGUGGAGGACCUGCUCUUGAAGCUGGUACUAUCUUCUGAUCGCCGAGAUGUGAAGGACUUUGUCCUGCUACAGAUCCUCUAUCAGCUGAGCAUGAUUUGGUGUCCAAGCAGUGUUUUCGGCGUUCCUAGGCAUUUAUUCAAGUACGUCGACAGCAUCGAACAGGUCAAUAACACUGCUUGGGGGAGCUAUAUAUUCAGUGAGACAUCUGACGCGAUAGAGAGGGCACUGAAGGGUCCUGAGCCAGAGAAGACGACAUUAUAUCUGCAAGGGUGUACCCCUCUAGUUUGUUUGUGGUAUUAUGAACUCACCGGCAUCAAGAAGCCAGCACUUGGUUGGACGGUGAGGCCUCCCCUGACAAAUUGGGUGAGAUUUGGGGACGUUGCUGGUUCUUUGAGAUUGGCCACUGUUGUUGCGAAAGCAAGCAAAGCUACGAUAAAGCUUCCACAGCAACACAGACAACUUUAA